AUGCUUGAGAUUUUCCAAAAUGGUUCAUUGAAUGAUUAUUUAAACAAUUUAUCACCAGAGGAGAGGGAGCAAACGGUAGGAGCUAUCAACCGAUUGAUGCAACGUGAUGCUGAACGACAAGCAAACUCAUGGCACAGGUACUAUGAAAUAAAGUGGUAUUUCAACUACAUUCCAUUGAUUACCAUACAUUACUCCCUCAUAUGGCAGGCCAUGACAUUCACUAAUCUUGUAUAUAUGGUCAGAGCAAGUAUCAUCAAAAUAACAAAUGCAAUGGUCAAAAUGGUGCGUUUGACUUUUUUCCUAAUAACCAUUCAGUCAUACUUUAGAACUCUUAUAAACAUUGUCUUUUCCUUUUGCGAUGUCAUUACAUUCAGCGAUAAUUUUCUUAUGGAUUUGUUCACGUAUGUACUUCAGGACAACAAGGGUAUGAUGCGCAUCCACGAGGAAUUGCGAGUUCACAAGUUUGAUUUGCAAUACUUUGCUGACAUGCCUGAAUACAAAAACCUUUCUGUAUUCCAGCAAAUCGUUUUCACUAUAAAGAAUUUGUUGGCAUCUAUGUUGAUUACAUCGUGCACAAGAGCAGGGGAUGAUGUUCUGUGCCACAUAUAUACAAAUACACUAAUAUUUAAAAUGCUGGAAGCUGUUUCAAAGACUUAUCCACAAAACACAAAGCUGUCCAUCAUGAUUAUGACAGUGUUGAUCUAUCUCAUCUAUGCAAUUUUGGGCAAUAUAAUAUGCAUAAAUAUAUUUCUUUUCUUUGGCUCAAACUUGGCCAACAAAAUCAUGGGCUUCUCACAAAUUGUGAAAAACUUGUCAAAUGCCAUUUGGUCAACAUUAUUUGGCCAUGUCUUAUAG